AUGUCAAGUUCAAAAGGAGAAACACCCGAGGCAAGAAUUGCUAGGCUUGUAAAGUACGACAAUGUUAUAGCCUACAAUACAUAUUGCAAGAAGGUAAAGGACAAUGAGAAACGGCCAGAGGUUGUGAGAUAUUGGAAGGCCGUUAAAACUUAUAAAGCCAGUGAAGCCAAAGAAGAGGUGGUGGACUUCGUAAAAGCCCGAGGUCGAAAGGCUUCAAAGGAAGUUCUUGACAAGAUGAGGGAGGGAAAAUAUGUCAAGGAAUUUGAGGAAGCAGGAAAAACAAUGAAUAAGCUCGCCGACGAGGAACACGUGAAAACCCACCGCGAGGCUAAGGAAACUAAGAAGAGAAUGGAAGAAAAGAACCUCGAAGUGGUGCAAUAUAUCAUGGCUAGACAAAGCUUGGAGAGCAAUAAAGAAACGAAUGAGGCCAAAAAAAGUCUCCUUCAACCUUCAGGUAGCUCAACAGGGAGCACGCGAAAUUCAUCCAAUGGUAGCGAUGGAAAUGGUAGGCAGACAAGGAAGGCUGAGGAGGAACUUAAGUUCCCCAAAAAAGCAUGGGGCAAGGGACCCCCAAAACCAGAGGAUUUCUUCGACAACCUUUUACCCGCGGCAGAUAAAGGUCCUAGAAAGACACGAAGAGAAGGAUCGAGAGACAGAUCGGCUCCCCAGACAGAUUCUAAGUCUUCAGCAUCUGCACCCAAAGAGAUUGAGCCCAAAAGAAAUAGUGGCAAGAAUCGCAGAGCAAGUCCCCAUACCGACAUGGAACGAAAUAUGGGUAAAAAAGGGCAAUAA